ACAGAGCCCAGCCCAGUGUCGGGAAGGGGCCGGGACCUUGUCUGCUGUAUUCCCACUCUUCCCGGUGCAGGUCCUUGUGUGGGAUCGUCUUCAGCCCAGUGAUGAAACGCACACUGGUCCUUCGGCAGUGAAGGUUAUUUCCAAAUAAAAGGAAGAAGAGAUUGCAGACGCUGGCAAGCCUGCUUGCGGAGGUCCCCUCGCUGCUCCGUGUCACCCUCUUCUACACCAGAAAUCCACGAGUUUGGUCUUUGGACCGUGUCCCGGGUUGCUUGCAGAUGCCGAGUCUCAACCCGCCGUUCCUGCGAGGCAGGUCAGCACUGGUGUGUGUGCCUCGGGGCUGUGUUCACGCCCCCGCUGUUAGCAUUUGUGCCCUUCUACACGCCCCAAGCCACCGCUGUUCCCGAUUAGCUUUGCAGCCUGCGGUCAUGUGUAGUGCCCCAGAGGUACCCUUCCGCUGUGAACCCCAGGAAGUGACAAAUGUCCGUGCUGAGGCAUAGUCCUUGCCAUGUCACCAGUGGGAAAAGCGAACAGAUCAUUGAGCUCUGUCCUGGAAGCAGCGGUAACGGGGACAGGUCAGUCUGCUGGGCUCAGUCCCAGUGCCUUUGGACCCAGCCCCUCAGGAAACCACACAUAACUCUCUGGCUCCCCGCAGAGAGGGUGGGAUCACUGCGCCGCCCACAGCCUGAGCCUCCACCACUCGAACCUUUCAGUCUGUGCCCAGCUCUCCCUGUGCUGGCUGAGCCUGGCUGAGCUUGGCCAAUGUCGCCGCUGACCCAAGGCCCACUUGGGUCUCUGGGGGCCACUGAGCUGGACAGGGCACGACGGAGCUACUCUGUCUCGUGCCGUACCACUCCUGGGGCCGGCAGGUGAGCCUCGAGUGCUCCUCUCAGGGCAGGGCCGUUGGGGACAGAGGGCACAGCCAGUGCGGGCACUCCGCCCGCCUCUGAUUGUGUUGUCUGCUCGCCUCUCCCUGGCAAAGCGGGCUGUGCAGCCUGCACUGCGGUCAGACGCCCACCACGCCCUGUGCGUGCUGCGCGGCGAAGGCCAUCUGCCAGGCGGGCACGGAGCAGCAGUCCGGCAGCACAGGAGCAGAGCGCGUCAGGACUCGGCCUGCCUGUGCCAACCCCUUCCCUGUGCUUUCUGCCCCUGCAGGCCUGCGCUGGCCCUCCAGUGUGCGUGGGGAUGGGUGUGGCCCGCCUGCCCGGAAGCGCUUCCCCGCGGCCGGCGUCGCCUUAGUCCGCGGACGUGGCCCUAGGAUGCACCUGUCAGCGGUGCUCAACGCUCUGCUGGUGUCGGUGCUGGCGGCCGUGCUGUGGAAGCACGUGCGGCUGCGCGAGCAUGCGGCCAGCCUGGAGGAGGAGCUGGCCCUCGGCCGCCAGGCCCCCGAGCCCGGCGCGGCCUUGCGCCUCGACUACCCCAGGGCCCUGCAGAUCCUGACGGAGGGUGGCACGCACAUGGUGUGCACGGGGCGGACGCACACCGACCGCAUCUGCCGCUUCAAGUGGCUCUGCUACUCCAGCGAGGCCGAGGAGUUCGUCUUCUUCCACGGCAACUCCUCGGCCAUGCUGCCCAACCUGGGCGCCCGGCGCUUCCAGCCGGCGCUGCUCGACCUGUCCACCGUGGAGGACCACAACACGCAGUACUUCAACUUCGUGGAACUGCCCGCCGCCACCCUGCGCUUCCUGCCCAAGCCGGUGUUCGUGCCCGACGUGGCCCUCAUCGCCAACCGCUUCAACCCGGACAACCUCAUGCACGUCUUCCACGACGACCUGCUGCCCAUCUUCUACACGCUGCGCCAGUUCCCGGGCCUGGCCCGCGAGGCCCGGCUCUUCUUCAUGGAGGGCUGGGGCGAGGGCUCGCACUUCGACCUCUACAGACUGCUCAGCCCCAAGCCGCCCCUGCUGCGGACGCAGCUCAAGGCCCUGGGCCGCCUGCUGUGCUUCUCUCAUGCCUUCGUGGGCCUCUCCAAGGUCACCACCUGGUACCAGUACGGCUUCGUGCAGCCCCAGGGCCCCAAGGCCAACAUCCUGGUGUCCGGCCACGAGAUCCGGCAGUUCGCGCGCUUCAUGACGGAGAAGCUGAACGUGAGCCGCGCCGGGCGCCCGCUGGCCGAGGACUACAUCCUGGUCUUCAGCCGCACCCACAACAGACUCAUCCUGAACGAGGCCGAGCUGCUGCUGGCCCUGGCCCAGGAGUUCCAGAUGAAGACGGUGACGGUGUCCCUGGAGGAGCACGCCUUCGCGGACAUUGUGCGGCUGGUCAGCAACGCCUCCAUGCUGGUCAGCAUGCACGGAGCGCAGCUGGUCACCGCCCUCUUCCUGCCGCGUGGCGCAGCCGUGGUGGAGCUCUUCCCCUACGCCGUCAACCCGGACCACUACACGCCCUAUAAGACGCUGGCCACGCUGCCCGGCAUGGACCUGCAGUACGUUGCCUGGCGGAACCUCCUGCCAGAGAACACAGUCACACACCCUGAGCGGCCCUGGGACCAGGGUGGCAUCGCGCACCUGGACCGCGCUGAGCAGGCCCGCAUCCGGCAGAGCCGCGAGGUCCCGCGGCAUCUCUGCUGCCGGAACCCCGAGUGGCUCUUCCGCAUCUACCAGGACACCAGGGUGGACAUCCCGUCCCUCCUUCAGGCCAUCCGGCGUGUGGUGAAGGGCCGGCCCGGGCCGCAGAGGCAGAAGUGGGCGGUCGGCCUCUUCCCCGGCAAGGUGCGGGAGGCGCGGUGCCAGGCAGCUGUGCAGGGCGCCUCUGAGGCCCGGCUCACCGUGUCGUGGCAGAUGCCCUGGAACCUCAGGUUCCUGAAGGUGCGGGAGGUGCGGUACGAGGUGUGGCUGCAGGAGCAGGGCGAGAGCACCUACGUGCCCUACGUCCUGGCGCUGCAGAACCACACCUUCACCGAGAACAUCAAGCCCUUCACCACCUACCUGGUGUGGGUCCGCUGCAUCUUCAACAAGACGCUGCCGGGGCCCUUCGCGGACGUGCUGGUGUGCACCACGUAGCAGGCAGGCCACGCCGGCCAGCAGGCUCCCGGCCCAGUGCCCCCCGGGUCUGUGGUCCUGCGGCGGCGGCUGCAGGACGAUGUGUUUAUUUAUUGAGCAGAUCGCGCCCCUGUGUCCCCCCACUGCAUCUGGGGCUGGACACCCACCCCUUCUGUGUCCUGAUCAUCCACACCAGAGGUUCCUUAAGCAGGGGGUGGUGAGAACCCAGGAACCGGUCUGGCUAAGUGACCUUGUUGUUUCCUUCCUCCCUGGGCUUGGUGUCCAGGCCCCAGGAAUCUGAGAUCGUGUGGUCGGUAGUUCCCGUGGUCACCAGGUUUACGGGUGGCCUGGAGUACCAGUGUGUCCGAAGCAGUCAUUAAAUGAUUAUGAACAUCUC